CUCAUCGAAGAAGAAGACAAAUGUGUGCCAAUCUGCUACAGGAGGCUCGAACUACAGGCACUCCUGAUGAAGUGGUGGGGGUGGGACUAACUGAAGUCCAUCCAGGAAGCGUUUUGCUGAAAACUUUCAGUUUCCAUCGAGAUAUCACGAUGGGAUAGCAGUAAUGUGAUAGUUCUGUGUAAUACAAUAUGCAAGUUUUUAGAAAAAACUAAACACAUUUCGUAACGUUAAUCCUGUGGGGGUUUUUCGGAGUUUGUUUUCAUGGCAUAGUUAGUUAAUCAUUAGCCAUGUUUAUCGUCAACCUUGUUGCAGAAUGGAUCAAUAGUAUAUGCAGAAUAGAUGCAGAAUAAGCGUUUUUUUGGACCAUCUGCUGUCUAAUCCAACAACUGUGUGGUUAAUUUACCACUGAGCUAACCCCAGCAGUAAACUCAUUUUAAAUCAUGUCGAAACUAGUGGGCAGUGCGGGGGUCUCUGUGUUGGGCGACAAAUCUUUGGAGUUUUACCGAGAUCCAGUGGCUUUUUGUGAACAGCGUAUUGAAAAGCAUGGGACACGGAUAUUUCAAUCAAGACUUCUGAACAAGCCAACUUCCUUCGUCUGUUCGGUGGAAGGGAUGAAGGAAUUACUUUGCGAGAAGUCAUCUGUGUUCCUGAAAGACCCCACUGAUGUAAUGCACAACAUGUAUGGAGACAACAUAGUGACUGCUAAUGGCGAGGAAGCCUGCUUGCUGCGUCUGUCUCUCACCAACCUUUUCACAGGAAAGUGUCUGGCCUCAGGCUCUGACCUCAUUAACAGUGUUUCUGAACGGUGCUUGAAGGACCUUUCUGCAACUGGGGAGCCCGUGUCGGUGUACCCUCUGUUUAAACGACUGGGAACAGAACUGGUGUUGGGGCUGUUCCUGAAUGUGAACCCAGAUGAGACACCAGAGCUUUUCCAGGACAUUACAGCACUCUGUACCCUACACUGGCAUGGGAUCAUCUCAACUCCAGUCUGUGUGAAGGUUCCUCUGUGGUCCUCUGGCUUUUGCACAGCACUGGAGGCUAAAGACAAGCUCAUGGACAUCAUUAAAGACAAGCUGGAGUGUCAGAGACAGGGGUUUGUAGGUUAUCUCCGUGAUCUACCUCUCCCUGAUGCCAGUGGUGCCUCCCAGCAUCUGCUGUUGUUCAUCUCUGCUCUGAUCCCCAAAGCCCUGGCAUCCUUACUCACCUCCUUCACCCUGGUUCUGAGUGGAGCAGGCAAGAAGGAAAUUAGGAACCGUGCGAGGGCAGACCCUGAUUACCUUUACUACGUCCUCCUGGAAGUACAGAGACUUUGGCCUCCGUUCAUUGGUGGAAGACGAAUAGCCAAUCAUGACACUACUCUGGGAGGCUUCCACAUUCCCAAGGGUUACGCUGCCAUGUACAUCAGCCACUCCAUCCACCGCGACCCGGAAGUGUUCCACCAGCCAGAAGACUUCCUGCCAGAGAGGUGGAGUGGAAGAAACGCAGGACAGGAGCACCUUCUCUGCAGCCUAGGCAACGGCCCCAGGAACUGCAUCGGAGUCCAGCUGAACAACGUCUUUCUCAAGGCAGCGUGUGGGUACCUGCUCCAGCACUAUGAUUGGGACCUGAGCCCCUACUCGCAGGACCUCCAGUACAAAUGGUUGCCUGUGUCCCGGCCCACUGUCCCUCCAAUGGUGAGCUUCACUGAGCUGGAGAGCAGUGCCACAGACCUGCCUGAUAGUCCACCCUAAAGACCAAAGCAUGGACACUGAGGGGCAGGUGGAUAGGACGAGGAGAGGCCCCGCUGUAGCAGUGGUCCUAAUGGUCUCUCAAGGACACCAGUAUGGGCAGGUCUUAGUUAUAACCCGUCACUCGAUCUUCCUGUACUGAUUUUUAAAGAUAAUGUUGAUAUGGAUCACUGUUCACAUCUUGAUACUGUAUAUUGGCCAGAACAGGACUGAAAACAGUGACAGUGUCAUACAGUUGAAGUCGGAAGUUUACAUACACCUUAGCCAAAUACAUUUAAACUCAGUUUUUCACAAUUCCUGACAUUUAAUCCUAGUAAAAAUUCCCUUCACCACUUUAUUUUAAGAAUGUGAAAUGUCAGAAAAAUAGUAGAGAGAAUGAUUUAUUUCAGCUUUUAUUUUUUUCACACAUUCCCAGUGGGUCAGAAGUUUACAUACACUCAAUUAGUAUUUGGUAGCAUUGCCUUUAAAUUGUUUAACUUGGGUGAAUCAUUUCGGGUUGCCUUCCACAAGCUUACCACAAUAAGUUGGGUGAAUUUUGGCCCAUUCCUCCUGACAGAGCUGGUGUAACUGAGUCAGGUUUGUAGGCCUCCUUGCUCGCACACGCUUUUUCAGUUCUGCCCACACAUUUUAUAUAGGAUUUAGGUCAGGGCUCUGUGAUGGCCACUCCAAUACCCUGACUUUGUUGUCCUUAAGCCAUUUUGCCACAACUUUGGAAGUAUGCUUGGGGUCAUUGUCCCGUUGGAAGACCCAUUUGCGACCAAGCUUUAACUUCCUGACUGAUGUCUUGAGAUGUUGUUUCAAUAUAUCCACAUAAUUUUCAUCCCUCAUGAUGCCAUCUAUUUUGUGAAGUGCACCAGUCCAUCCUGCAGCAAACCACCCCCACAACAUGAUGCUGCCACCCCCGUUCUUCACGGUUGGGAUGGUGUUCUUCGGCUUGCAAGCAUCCCCCUUUUUCCUCCAAACAUAAUGAUGGUCAUUAUGGCCAAACAGUUCUAUUUUUGUUUCAUCAGACCAGAGGACAUUUCUCCAAAAAGUACGAUCUUUGUCCCCAUGUGCAGUUGCAAACCAUAGUCUGGCUUUUUUAUGACGGUUUUGGAGCAGUGGCUUCUUCCUUGCUGAGCGGCCUUUCAGGUUAUGUCGAUACAGGACUCGUUUUACUGUGGAUAUAGAUACUUUUGUACCUGUUUCUUCCAGCAUCUUCACAAGGUCCUUUGCUGUUGUUCUGGGAUUGAUUCGCACCAAAAUACGUUCAUCUCUAGGAAACAGAAAGUGUCUCCUUCCUGAGUAGUAUGACGGCUGCAUGGUCCCAUGGUGUUUAUACUUGCGUACUAUUGUUUGUACAGAUGAACGUGGCACCUUCAGGCGUCUGGAAAUUGCUCCCAAGGAUUAACCAGACUUGUGGUCUACAAUUUCUUUUUCUGAGGUCUUGGCUGAUCUCUUUUGAUUUUCCCAUGAUGUCAAGCAAAGAGGCACUAAGUUUGAAGGUAGGCCUUGAAUUACAUUCACAGGUACAACUCCAAUUGACUGAAAUGAUGUCAAUUAGCCUAUCAGAAGCUUCUAAAGCCAUGACAUAAUUUUCUGGAAUUUUCUAAGUUGUUUAAAGGCACAGUCAACUUAGUGUAUGUAAACUUCUGACCCACUGGAAUUGUGAUACAGUGAAUGUGAAAUACAGUGAUACAGUGAAAUAAUCUGUCUGUAAACAAUUGUUGGAAAAAUUACUUGUGUCAUGCACAAAGUAGAUGUCCUAACCGACUUGCCAAAAGUAUAGUUUGUUAACAAGACAUUUGUGGAGUGGUUGAAAAACGAGUUUUAAUGACUCCAACCUAUAAGUGUAUGUAAACUUCCGACUUCAACUGUAUCUCUGUUCCUGAGUCCGCCUCGUAGGGGACUGUUUCCUGACUACUGCCGAGGUGUGGUGGUCUUUCCAGCGCUUAUAGCUGCCGAAGCAUCACUCAGGCAGAGCCAGCUUCAGGCAUAAGUUACAUAAGCGGUCACUUAGUGCCCCUGGCCACUAGGAGGCCCCUGACCUCAAUUAGCCUUGUCAGUUAACACUUUUUAUAUUGGUAAGUUAGUUUAGUUAGCUGUUCCCUCUGUGUCACUGAAGCUUUCUCCGCUAAAUCUACUGCCCAGCCUUUAUGAACUACCUGGCUGAACAACACAUUAUCAUCUGAAGCUGUGGAAGAACAUUGCCCAAGACCUACCAGAUCAUUUGUUUUGUUUGUUUUUUAUUCAUCUUUGAGAUUCUCUUUGUAAUGAACAGCACUAUAUAAAAUAAAUUAUGCAGAUUUUUAACUUUUUUUUAUUGUCAAGUUGCUGCCAAUGAUUGUAAUAUAGGUACAUACUGCAGCCUACAUUAGAUGAGGUUGCCCUAUUUUAAGAUUGUUAUUGUUUAUGUGUGUGUUUAUUUAACCUUGGGGAAAAAACUACUGUAUCACACUUUGGAUGCUUUAGGAGUGUCUCUAUCACUGCACCGUUAGCCUGUCAUAUGACAGGGGUCUUAAUAGUUCUGCAGCACCAGAAGUCAAGGAAUGCCCUCAGAUUUCAGCGUUGCACCAAGGGCUCCUGAAAUGUUCCCCCUCUCACUCUCACUUAGCAACCAGAAGUGCUUAGCAACGGUUCGUCCUGGCUACUCAGAGGUACCUAGCCCAUGUUAUUGUCUGGCUGCUUAUUAUCAUGCAGCUCUCACCCUCACACAGACAGACAUCUUAACAUUAAACCUUUUGUUUAUUAUAACGGAGGGAACGGAAAUAUCUUAUGAAUGGCAAUGAAGCGCAAGCUGUUUUAGGUGAAUGUGAAUAUGUCAAUGGAUAUUUCAUAAUGUACAUGUUUUCUGAUUAGUUUUUUCUGUUCAAUAUUUACUCUGAAAUGAUAGCCAUUCUAGACUACUCUUAAAGGUUAAAUAUUAGUACUGUAUAAUAUAUUUUAAUCGAUCUUUAUUAAAGAUUAUGAUAAACUGUGAAAAGAUGAUUAUGUAUCUGAUCAUUACAAUAGUAAUUGAGCUAUUUUUUCAUGAGACAGAUUGUGAUAAUAUAAAUCAUAACUUAUUUCUUCAGGUCAUGUAAUAUCCUCUGUAUUACCUGGAAACACAAUUCCAUCAGAUUUCAUACUUCUUUUUAAAUGUAAUGUUCAUUUUAAAAGUUCUAUCAAAUAUUUAUUAUGCAUUUACUAUGUACUGAUAUUUUGUAGGUAAUAAUGUUUCCACUCUGUUUUUCUGUCAAUCACAAGUGGUAAAUCCCUAAGAAUGCAAGCUAUUUGAACAUAGAAACUCUCACUUUCUUAAGAAAAACACUAGCACAACAGCAGUUCAGUCUUAGUUAGUGAACAAAUCUAUUAAAUGUAAGUUAUGUUGCUUAUCCUGGCUAAUGUUCCUAUAAAGUCUACAGGACACUAUUGUUCAGCGCUGCUACAGAUGUAGGAUCUUAAUUUGAGCCAGUUUGCUACAGCAGGAAAAUAAUCCUGCAGCAACAGGAAUUUUUUAUUAUUUUGUGGAUUUUAAUUAAGUUUUUUGUAGGGGUUGAUACAUUUUUCGUGAAGGGAAAAUCUAGUCUGAAAUUUCAAAGUGGAAAUUACACAUUUCAGAAGCCUUUUUAAACCUCAAAUACACUACAAGUUUUACAUUUCCUGCAUUUCAGGAAAGUUCUCCUUGAACAGGGUGAUCAAAUUAAAAUCCUACAUGUGGACACUGCAUAAACCUGUUGUCAGCACACAUGAACACACUUUAGACAUUGCUUUGCUUGCACUAUUACAGACAGGCUGGAGACAGAAGGUAAAUAAUAGCUGAUUUGUGUCAAUAGGAGUAAUGCAUGAAUCACUCUUGUUUUUCCAUUUAAGUUUCAUGUUGAAUAUAUAUGCAGGAAAUACAAACUUGUAGUGUGUUCAAGGCUUGAAAAGGCUUCUAAAGUCUGUAAUUUUCACUUUAAUGUCAGACUUGAUUUGCCCUAACGAAAAAUGUAUUACACCCUACAAAAAAAUUAUGUUAAUUAUAAUCCACAUAAUUAUUCACAUUUCCUGUUGCUAAAGGAUUAUUUGCCUGCUGUAGCAAACUGGGUCAAAUUAAGAUCCUUCAUCUGUAGUAUCGACAUUCUGGUCUGUGUGUGUGUUCUGUAUUUUCCACUGUUUUGUGCAGAAUAAUUAAACCCAUUCCGUUUACCUUC